ACCAUCGCAUACCGAUAUUAACACUGGCAAAGAGCUUUCCCCCGACACACUCAUUUUAUACAUGGGGCGUUGUCUACUUUUAGUAGCCGCUGUGGGCCUCUGGCGCUGUCACUUCAUCCUUGUGUGAAUGAUGGAGGCGCACAGAUCCACCUUGAAUUUUCGGUUCCUACUUGUUUCCUACGUUCAACCAGGAGCAGACGACCCCGUACCAUGUCCAAGCUUACAGAGAAAACAGAGAUCCAGGAAGCGGUUGCCCAAAAUGAUGCGACCGAUCUUGAUUUGCCAAACUUAGAAGAUAAAAGCACCAUCUGGACUACCACUCGUCUCGAACUAUGGGCAUUCUAUGUCUUUUAUAUUGGGAAUAAUGGCUUGUCUGGAUUCAACUUUGGUCCUUCACAGUUUCAGAAUCUCUUGUUCUUAGCAGGAUAUGACCCAAGUCAACCGCCAUUCACGGCGCCCUGCGGGGCUGACACGGAUUGCGUACUUCCAUACCUUGGUCGUAUACGCGACGUGAAUUCAAUCGUGCUGCUCACAAAUGGUAUGAGCUUCGCGUUGCAAGCGUUCGUGCUUCUUACGAUAGGCGCAUGGGCCGACUAUGGACGAUGGAGACCAAACAUCACCAUUGUCUUCACGAUAGUCGCCGUAGCAGUAUCAUUUGCAUGGUUGGGUGUCAAAGACCCUUCGAAGUGGCAGGCUGGCGUUGCACUGUAUAUUCUGGGCUUGAUCGCAUACCAGUGUGCCCUGACCUUCUGGACUGCUGCCUUCCCUGGUCUGGCUCGGGACCUUCCGGAGAUCAAACAAUCAUUCGCCGACGUCGUUGAUGGCAAGAAGCUGCUGGAAGAUCACGAGCAGAUGGAAUCGCUUGAACGAAACCGCAUUUCCAACGUCUCUUUUGCAGUAUGCUCCGCUGGCGAGAUCAUUAUCCUCGCCAUCAUGGUAGGUAUACUAAAGGGUGUGAAAAGCGACGAAAGUGUGGAGAACAACACGAAGGCGUUUAGCAUCCUGAUUGCGUUCUCUGGUGGAGUUUGGUUACUCUGCGCAUUGCCAUGGUUCUUCUUGGAAAAACGCAGGCCUGGUUUGUCGUUACCUCCUGGCAUGUCGUUGCUUACGAUCGGAUUCAAGCAAACUUACGUCGCAUUCCGAGAAUGUGUGAGGUUGAAACAGACGUUUCUCUAUCUCAUCUUUUACUUCCUCAUGGGUGAUGUCUUGAAUACUACCGUUACAGUUGUUGGCACUCUGCAAAAUAGCGUGGUCUCAUAUUCGACACUGCAAUUAACCCUGCUGCUAAUCGUCGGGAUUGUAACUCAAGGACUUGGCAUCUAUCUCUUCUGGCUCGUUCAGAAAAGGUUCCAAAUUUCAACCAAGAUGCUAUGUUUCAACGUCUUCUGGAUUUUAAUUCUGACCAUUUGGGGCCUUAUCGGAGUGCACACGGAUAAGUUUGGAUUCAAACACGUAUGGGAGAUUUGGUUGUAUCAAGCGUUCUACGGUUUGAUGGUAUGCCCGUGGUACGCUUAUAGUCAGACCAUGAUCAGCGAGGUGUCUCCGCUUCCUCAGAUGUUCUUGUUCUUUGCUUUGUUCUCGGUGGUUGGCAAGACGUCUGCCUUCAUAGGACCACUUGUUUCGUCGGCAAUCAUCACUGCUUCCGGAAAUAACGAUAACAUGCCCUUCGCGUUCCUUUUCGGCUUGGGAAGUCUCAGCACCAUAUUCCUGUACUUUGUCGAUGUCAAGAAAAGUCGUAUUGAGUGCGAAGAGUUUGUUGCAGCCGAAGCGAGACGGAAGGCUUUUGACGACGCUAAUGUACCAUAGAAUUAUGCUAUGAUGUUCCGGUCCUAUAACGGUGCAGUGCGCUCAUUGCGAAUGCUUAAUAGAACGCGAAAGAAGGCUCACUUCAGCCACACGUCAUUCAAGUUGAAUAUCCAGCAACGACAUCAUCGUGGUUGCGAUAGGAAUGCAUUUAUUGACAUGUACAUUCAGCGCAGAUGUUUCAAUCGAGUUGCACAAAUAUCUAUC